AUGGUCAACACACUCGAUUCAUCAUUUGUAGAGAAUGGUCCCUGGAAGCCUGAUAUCUUUAAGGAUAAAGUAGUAUUUGUUACAGGUGGAAGUGGUACCAUCUGCAGAGUUCAGACUGAGGCUAUGGUCCUAUUGGGUGCACAUGCAGCUAUUGUGGGUCGUAAUGAAGCUAAGACAAUUGCUGCGGCUAAGGAAAUGUCUCAAUUGUCUUGCUCCGCUAGCAUUUUACCACUAACCAAAGUUGACGUCAGAAAUUUUGAUCAAUUACAAAGGGCCGUCGAAAAAACUGUUGAACAGUUUGGUAAGAUUGAUUAUGUUAUCGCCGGUGCUGCCGGUAACUUCAUUGCAGAUUUUUCCCAUCUCUCACCGAAUGCAUUUAAAUCUGUAAUCGAUAUUGAUUUAUUGGGUAGUUUUAAUACUGUUAAGGCAUGCUUCCCAGAAUUGGUCAAGACUAAAGGUUCAGUCGUAUUUGUUUCUGCUACUUUACACUACAGUGGAGUUCCAUUCCAGUCUCAUGUGGGUGCUGCAAAGGCGGGUGUCGACGCUUUAUCCAAUGCAUUGGCGGUAGAAUUAGGACCUUUAGGGAUUCGUUGUAAUUGUAUUGCACCUGGACCUAUUGAAGGCACAGAAGGUAUAAAGAGAUUACUGCCAGCGGGGUUAGAAUCAAGAGCCAUUGAACAGAUUCCUUUACAACGUUUAGGGACUACAAGAGAUAUUGCCGAUUCUACCGUGUAUUUAUUUUCACCAGCAUCAUCAUUUGUUAAUGGUACGGUCACCGCAGUAGAUGGGGGUGCUUGGCACAUUGGCAGUACAUUUAGUCGUGACAUGUACCCGAAACAGCUUUUGAAAAGUAUUAAAUCGAAGCUUUAA